AUGUGGGCCGACACGCUGUUGAUAGUUUUCAUAUCCAUUUUCACCGCACUGCUCGGAGAAGGUCUAACCUGGGUGAUGGUUUAUCGUACGGAAAAGUACCAAAAACUCAAAGGGGAAGUCGAGAAGCAGAGCAAAAAGCUGGAAAAGCGCAAGGAAACUCUCGGCGAAUCGCUAGACAAAAAUCACAAAAAGAAAAUUGAACGCGAUGAAGAGAAGCUAAAGAACAACAACCGUGAUCUCUCCCUGGUGAAGAUGAAAUCAAUGUUUGCCAUUGGUUUUGCGUUCACUGCACUACUCAGCAUGUUCAACAGCAUUUUCGAUGGACGAAUCGUAGCUCGCUUACCCUUCGUGCCAAUCUCGUGGAUCCAGGGACUGAGCCAUAGAAAUCUGCCCGGUGAGGACUACACCGAGUGUUCCUUUAUCUUUCUCUACAUUCUUUGUACGAUGUCCAUCCGGCAAAACAUCCAAAAAAUGCUCGGUUUUGCUCCAUCGCGUGCCGCAAGCAAGCAAGCCGGUGGUUUGUUCGGUCCAACGCCGGGACAGUUCAAGUAA